GGCCGCACCAUUCCUUCAAGCCAGGUAAAAGCAAAGACAAUCGCCAAUUGGAUUCGAAAAUGCGAGGAUUGGCACGGAGGAGAUUGUGAUCGCAUGAUAACUUCCACGUCAUCUGGUAAUCUUCAAACCUUGCGCCUCAUCGAUACGUGGCGCCUCUGCAUCGUCGAAUGUUCAAUCUACUACCUCUACUUAACACUAAGUUACGUUUGGGGUAAUGCUUCCCCCUUUGAAUUGAAGUCUGUGAACGUAGACGAGUUAGGUACACCUGGUGCACUGAAAACUCUUUGGGAGCAAAUUCCUCGAACGAUACAAGAUGCCAUCAGGUUUACUUCAAAGCUCCGCAAAAGAUGGCUGUGGGUCGAUUCAAUGUGCAUAAUCCAGGACUCGGAUGAUGAUAAAUCGCUUUAUAUCCCGCAUAUGCAUGUCGUAUAUGACCGGGCUCUUCUCACGAUCGUUGCCGCUACUGGUGAUAGCGCCGAUGCGGGCCUUCCCGGGAUUCGCCGCGGUUCUGGAGUUCGUGGUCAGAGUAUCAAGGAAAUUAUCCCGGGGUUCCGUCUAGUGUAUCUACCAGAUCUGAGGAGGGCAUUCAGUGAUUGUUGGUACGAAACGAGAGCAUGGACGUGAGUGACAGAUCCUGCGACAUAUCUUAAAAGAGACGAUUUAGCAAUGCUAAAAUUUCACUGACACGCGGUAUUUUAUUUUUUUUUUGACUUCAAGAGUUUAG